UCUGGACUACAGCUCCCGACAUGCCCCGCGGGAGCCCGGCCACCGCCCCCGACGCGACCAGCGCCGGUUCUGCAGCUGGGAGGAGUUGCGGCCGCGAUGCUGGUGGCGGCGGCCGCGGAGCGGAACAAGGAGCCCAUCCUGCACGUGCUACGGCAGUACCUGGACCCGACCCAGCGCGGCGUCCGCGUACUCGAGGUGGCCUCGGGCUCCGGCCAGCACGCGGCGCACUUCGCGCGGGCCUUCCCCCUGGCCGAGUGGCAGCCGUCGGACGUGGACCAGCGCUGCCUGGACAGCAUCGCGGCCACCACGCAAGCCCACGGUCUGACCAACGUGAAGGCCCCGCUGCACCUGGACGUGACGUGGGGCUGGGAGCACUGGGGCGGGAUCCUGCCGCAGUCGCUGGACCUGUUGCUGUGCAUCAACAUGACCCACAUCAGUCCCCUGUGCUGCACGGAGGGGCUCUUCAGAGCAGCAGGACACCUGCUCAAACCCAGAGCCCUGCUCAUCACCUACGGGGUGAGUGGGCCUCUCCAGGGCGGGCCUCCCGCUCAAAGUCCUAGCUGCUCUCUCCUGCCCUACUCAGAGUCCUCCCUCCUUGGCUCCCUGCCCCCCACCCAGCCACCAGCAUGGCCUCCCCUCCACUUCCACUCUGCACCCCUUCCCGGGUCACCUGCCAGCCUCCCUACCCCCUUGCCCACCAGCCUGGCCUUGGCUGACUCCCUCUUGGGGACAGGGAGGGGGUGCCCGUUUCAUUCUCCGGACCCCAGCCUGCAAGUCUGUCCCGGGCUCUCUGGGAAACAGCCAACCUUGGUCCAGUGGGCUGUGUCCCCAUCCCCGCAGCCCUAUGCCAUCAACGGGAAGAUCUCUCCCCAGAGCAACGUGGACUUUGACCUAAUGCUCAGAUGCAGGAACCCGGAAUGGGGCCUUCGGGACACAGCCCUCCUGGAGGACCUGGGACAGGCCAGUGGCCUGCUCCUGGAGAGGAUGGUGGACAUGCCAGCCAACAACAAGUGCCUGAUCUUCCGGAAAAACUAAGCCCCUCCUUCACCCCGCACACCUGCAUCCCUGCCGGAGGCUCUGUGGGGCACAAACCCUGCCUCCCUAGGCUGGGCCUUGUGGAUAACAGCCCCACCCAGUCUGCGCUCUCAGCCAGUGGCUGAAAGGCUCAGCCUGCUCAGAAUAAAGCAUUUCCUGCUGCCGGC